AUGAUUGACACGCCGGUUCACGGUCCCAGGAUCGCGGUUCGACGAAUGAUAGAAGGUCCUGAGGUACAUGAUCCAAGCGAGGAUUGGAGUGGAAAAUCGAAACUCAUCUCCCCCCUUCCCCCGCAAAACACCCUCCUCACCCUCCUUAUCCACCCCCAUCCUCAAACCAUCCAAAACCACACACCCCUCCCAACAGACCAACACUUCCUCUCCCUCCUCCACUUCAAUCUAACCCGCGCGCUCCUACUCAAUCUCUCUCUCCUAGGCCUCACGCCCUCCUCAAUCCAGCCCCGCACCCCUUCACCCUUCCACACGCGUCCCUACAACACGACGCUGUUACCGCCUUCUCUCAGGCCGACGAAUACGCAGCUCACCAUCCCGCAUCACCCAGAACUGGAUCUGCUUCCAUUUCCGGCGAUUCGGGAUCGGUUUAUUCUCGCUCAGUACCAGGAAACCUCGACCAUCAACCCCAUCGAACUAUGUCAAGAUCUCCUCUCCGGUACCUCUAAACCCAAUAUGAACACCACCCGCCCAGUCCCCCUCGUACAGAUGAGCUGUCACGACGACGGCGGCAAAGAACGCGGUUUUCUCCUAGGGGAGAAAACAGGGCUGAGUGUGUGGGGAGACCCGUGGUUACCUGGCAGUUGGGAGAUGGAUGAGGGGUUUGCGAGGAAGUAUUGGGGGAUGUUAGAUGCUGAGGCGGUGGAGUGUACGAACUUUUGGAGGGAGGGGAGAGGAGAGGGACGGUUGGUUUGGGAGGUUGAGGGGUGA